CCCUAUGACCCGCCGAGUCCUGGAAAUGCCGGUGUUCCUAGGACCUGGAACUUCCAGUUAUGCGGAGAAGAAAAGAGGGCGUCCCUAGGGAACUGUUGAUCGCACACUUAAUAGACUACAGUAUAGUGUAAACAUAACUUUUAGGUAUACCGGGAAACCAGAAAAUUUAUUUGACUCGCUACUGGAAUAUUUGUCUUACUUCGGUGGUCUGGAACUGAACCCACAAUAUCUCUGAGGCUGACGCUUGACUCCACACCUACAUCUAGCUUGGCACAGAGGGACAAAUAUACCCUGAAAACUGUGGGUGAGACAUCCACAGAACUGUUGGACCUGAAGGUGAGCCAACCUUGGAGAAACAUCUCAGAGCAAGGCAGGCUUUGAAAGGCAGAUGGCCCUUCUGCAGACCAAUAAAGAUCUCAUUUCCACAGGAAUGAAAAAAUUUAAUGUUCUGCUGAAUCAGCAGGUUUUUUCUGAUCCUCCUGUCCCUGAAGAAGCUAUGGUGACUAUGGUGGAUGAUUGGGUGAACUUCUACAUCAACUAUUACAGGCAGCAGGUAGUGGGGGAGCAGCAAGAGCAGGACAGGGCUCUGCAGGAACUUCAACAAGAGCUAAAUACUCUGUCUUCCCCUUUCCUGGCCAAAUACAGGGCCUUCCUGCAGUCCUUGUGAGCACCCAAAUCACUGACUUUCUCCUAGCCAAGAGACCUAGGCCUGCAACUCUAAGAAAUCCUUAAAUAAUGUUCUGUGUUCUUCAGGUCCUCAGCCUCUUCUCCUUCAUGGUGUUAUUCUACCUUGACACCUCAAUAAAGACCAAUGUUGGUUUU